AGCAGCAACGCAGCCGUUCUGGCCUGAACGCGCACUGGCGGCCCCCGCGAGGGCGCGCUGGGGCGAUGCAGGGCUUGCCGCCCGACAGAGGGCGAGGUGGCGGCCCCGCUCUGGCGGAGCCGCAGACUGCAGACUGCGGGGACUGCGCGGCCGAAGACUGCGCGGACUGCGCGGCCGCAGGGGCUUCGGACUGCGCGGCCGAAGGGGCCGCCGCACCUUCUGGCGCCACUGCGGUCCUGCCCGUCGACACCUCCAGCGCCGCUUUUUCGACGUGGCCGCCGCAGUGGACCUACUGCCCGCCGUGCGACAUCCAGCUGGCGGGGCGCGAGGAUGCUAGAGACGCUUCGGGCGGCGCGGCGGAGGGCGACCGGUCGGGUGCGAGCGCGCCCGUCGCCGUCUCCGAGCCCAUGCUGGGCAGCUGGGGUGGCGCGCUGGCCGGGGUGCUCAAGGGCGGGGGCGGCCGGCGGAACGGCCCCCUCGGCGCUGUGCUGGGGCACAUGGCGUGCGCGGUCUUCGGCUGCACCUGCGAGCGCUGAGUGAGGCCCCCCCGCGCCCGCAGCGGCGUCGCGAGAGGGGAAAGAUAUCCCGACCUUCAGAGACCCCAUCGCGCCAGAAUUUGUUUCCCAAUCAUUGCUUGGUCGGCGGAUUUUGAUCGUGCGAGCGUCGUAGAUACCACGUCAAUUGCACCACAUAGAUUGGUCGGCGAUGGGUGA